AUGGCAGCAGAAUCAGAAGAAGCCAAGACUUGGGUGGGGAAUAUGUUAUGCUUCUUCUUGCUGUUUUCUGCAUCCAUGGCCAUAAUAGACCAAGGCAGGGACGGUAGUUCUAAUUACCAGAAUCUUGAGAUUCAGAAGCUUUCGAAGAAGUUGAACAGACCAGCAGUUAAAUCUAUAAAGCAGAGUGGAAGUUGCCCAGAAGAAACCAUUCCCAUAAGAAGAAUAAGAAAGGAAGACAUAUUGAGGGCAAAAUCUAUCCAGCAAUUUGGAAAGAAGAAUCUCAAGAACAUCCCUCAACAUGGAUCAUUUGAAACUCAUUCCAAACACCAGUUUGCUGCAGUUUAUGUGAAAGGAGAUAAAUAUCAUGGAGGCAUGGCAACUAUGAACGUUUGGAAUCCCCAUGUUCAAGAGCACAAUGAAUUUAGUGACUGUCAAAUCUCAAUUCUAAACGAUAACAUUGGUAAAGGUUAUAAUAGCAUUCAAGCUGGUUGGCAGGUCAAUCCCCGGCUGUAUGGAGAUAAUAACACCAGAUUUUUUACAUUUUGGAGAGGUGGUUCAGGUGAAAAUGCUAGCAGGUGUUAUGAUCUUCUUUGCUCUGGCUUUAUUCAAGUGAACCAUCGCGUAGUCGUGGGAGCUGCCAUAAGGCCCUUGUCUGCCUAUGGAGAUAGCAAAUCCCAACAUGCUAUCACCAUUCUUGUCUGGAAGACUGGAAACUGGUGGCUGCAAUAUGGCCCUAAUAAUGAAGUUGUGGGAUACUGGCCAGCUUCUCUAUUCCCACUUCUAUCUGAGAGCGCAACAACAGUAGGAUGGGGAGGCGAAGUAUUAAACUUAGGAUCAAAUGGCCAACACACUACAACACAAAUGGAAAGUGGUCAUUUUGCUCAAGAAGGUUAUGGCAAAGCUUGCUUUUUCUGGAAUAUUAAGGUUGUUAAUGGCAACAACCAAACUGUGCCUCCUAAUAACAUUCGCACUCGUGUUGACCAACCCUACUGUUACCACGUCCAAACUAGCCAAUCUAAUGACUGGGGCAACUACUCUUUUGGUGGACCUGGAAGAAACCCUAGUUGCCCGUGA